UGGUCCCGAAGUCCGACGUGUCCUUGGAUGGACUCUCCAGACAAGCAGCCUCAUCCAAGAGCACGUCACACCUCCACGCGAGUUCCUCAUGCUGUCCAACGCGAAGAAGAGCAACGAAGAGCAAAGAAGAGGAGCAAGGAGCAAUUACGCACAGAAAGUCUCAUGCUUCGCCGAGAAGCGUUUGUUCUUCGUGAAACCAGUUAUGGCCAGAUAGCAGCAGCAUCGCUUUCGUGGAUCCAAUCUCUCGGGAGAUGCUCAGUCGCCAAUAUAUUUACUCGGGAAUUCUCUACAGCUUUGGUGCCUAGAGAUCCAUCUCCGGAGAUUUCCAUGUCGUCGCUUCAGCGAGCACGAGCUCUGCCCAGCUCCGAAUUCCUGCAACAGAAGGAUCGUGCUUCCAAUUACUGUGUGGAGAAGCCUCAGAAUGCAGCCGCUAUCUUGAGGAAGAAGAUCUUUUGUUCUCAGCAAGUUCAGCAAACGAGGCUGGCACCCGCGGAAAGAAUCAAGCAGGGUUUCCAGAGAUUCAAGCAAGAGACAUACAACCAAAAACCAGAGCUCUUCAGCCAAUUGGCCACAGGACAACAUCCCAAGUUCAUGGUGAUCGCUUGCUCCGAUUCUAGAGUUUGUCCCACAACAAUUCUGAGGUUCCAGCCAGGGGAAGCAUUUGUCGUUCGCAACAUUGCAAACAUGGUGCCUCCUCCGGAACAGGCUGGCUAUCCAGGAACGAGUGCAGCUCUUGAAUACGCAGUCACGGCUCUCAAGGUCGAGAACAUUUUGGUGAUCGGACAUAGUAGAUGCGGUGGCAUCAAGGCUCUCAUGACACAAAAAGAAAACACAAACAAAUGGAGUUCGUUCAUUGAGGACUGGGUCGAAAUCGGACGUCCAGCUCGUGCCGUGACGCUCGCCGCAGCAGCCCAGCAGCAAGUUGAGCACCAAUGUACAAAAUGCGAGAAGGCAAGUGACAAGAACUUUGUCCAAACUUUCAAGCUAAAACAAGUUUGGUCCUUGCAGGAAUCCGUAAAUGUGUCGCUGGCAAACCUUCUUGCCUUCCCUUUCAUCAAGGAAGCGGUCUCCAGCGGCACGCUUGCUCUCCAUGGCGGCUACUACAACUUUGUGGAGGGCUCGUUCGAGUACUGGUGGUACGGAAUUGACGGGAAGAGCCAGGUGUCCAAGUUCUAGAUGUCCUGGAGGUUAGUUUGUUAUUUGAUUGAUCGAUUGGAAGCGUGAUCAUCGUCACUCCUGCUUGGAAAGCCAUUCUGCCCUCCAUUCCAAAGGGGAUAUCAAGACGUGAUCGACUUUCCAGCCACAUUCUUGCAUCUACAAUGAAAGAGAAUAAGAAACGAUUGUGAUGAUUUUAA